AUGGAUGCAGAAGAUACUCAAACGUCUGGACAUCCAUCUGUCUCUAGAGAAAAGACAGCGCCGUUUCUCAUUCGAACAUUCGUCAAGAUCGGGAGCUUCCACCGCAAUACGCUCUUCGAAGAUGGAAGUCUACCAACUACAGACGAACAGCAGAUAUUUACCUGGAAAGACGCGACUUUGCGAGAAGUUUUGACUACGUUACGCAAUACAGCACCUCAUGUUGCAGAGUACAAGCACCCACUUGCCCGGUUCUCCUUCAGGACUGUUUUCCCUGACCCCAACAACAAAGGCAGGUUCACAUCGAAAGAUAUCGGCAUGGUUUACUCUCGUGAUAUCCUCGGAGAACCAGGCACCUUAACGAGCACUGCACCAAGGUUGCUGCAAGACACGGAGCCCCCAGCGCGUGGACACGGCGAACGCGAACGAGAGGAAAGAACUUUGGAUGAACUGAGGUUCUAUCCAGGCGACUAUCUGCUCAUAGCGGUGCUCCUUCCCAAAAAUGUCAACCUACCCUCAGAAACUUCAAUCAAGGGCUCUGGUGCCGGCGCGCCAGUGAGCCCGACAACAGGUUGGAGAGCAGGUGGUCCAGCGGCGAAGUCAGAUGCAGGAUGGGGAAGAGCUGUGGGGACUGGGCCUGGAUUAGGACGAGGCGGUGGUCAUUGGCGUGGAGACUCUAAUGCUCCGGGCCCAGCUGUACGAGGGGGACGGGGCGGUGGCAGGGGUGGUGACUCAGGGCGAGAUAGAGACCUUGACAGGUCAGAUACACGCGUUCCUCCUCCUCGAAGGCACGAUUCGCCUCCUCGAGGCGGAGGUUGGGGUGACCGUGAUAGAGGCGGUCGUGGGGGCCGCGGCGGAAACCGGCGCUCUCCAUCUCGUUCAAGAAGCCCACCCAGGAGAAGACGAUAUGAUUGA